UCAGGUCAUCGCGGUUGUGGGGCAGCAGAACGUGGAGGGGAAGCGGAUCCCGUUCGGCUUCAAGCACCGCACCCUGCCCCACUUCAUCAAGGACGACUACGGCCCCGAGAGCCGGGGCUUCGUGGAGAACUCCUACCUGGCCGGGCUCACCCCCACCGAGUUCUUCUUCCACGCCAUGGGGGGCAGGGAAGGCCUCAUCGACACGGCCGUCAAGACGGCGGAGACGGGUUACAUCCAGCGCCGGCUGAUCAAGUCCAUGGAGUCGGUGAUGGUGAAGUACGACGCCACGGUGCGGAACUCCAUCAACCAGGUGGUGCAGCUGCGCUAUGGGGAGGACGGGCUGGGGGGCGAGAGCGUGGAGUUCCAGAACCUCGCCACGCUCAAGGCCUCCAACAAGGCCUUCGAGAAGAAAUUCCGCUUUGACUGCAGCAACGAGCGGGCGCUGCGGCGCACGCUGCAGGAGGAGCUGGUCAAGGAGCUCCUGUCCAACGCUCACGUCCAGAACGAGCUGGAGCGGGAGUUCGAGAGGAUGAGGGAGGACAGGGAGGUGCUCAGGGUCAUCUUCCCCACCGGGGACAGCAAG